AUGGAUAUUAUUUUAGGCAUUCGUGUACAGGAUUCUGUCAUUCUAGCGUCCUCUAAGGCAGUCACAAGAGGUAUUUCGGUUUUAAAAGAUUCAGAUGAUAAAACAAGACAACUAUCGCCACACACACUGAUGAGUUUUGCUGGUGAGGCUGGUGAUACCGUUCAAUUCGCCGAAUAUAUUCAAGCCAACAUCCAAUUAUACUCCAUUAGGGAAGAUUAUGAGCUUUCUCCACAAGCAGUAUCUAGUUUUGUUAGACAGGAAUUAGCCAAAUCAAUUAGAUCGAGAAAGCCUUACCAAGUCAACGUAUUGAUUGGAGGCUAUGACAAAAAGAAAAAUAAACCAGAACUAUAUCAAAUUGACUACUUGGGUACCAAAGUCGAAUUACCCUAUGGUGCUCAUGGUUAUUCAGGGUUUUACACAUUUUCUUUACUAGAUCAUCAUUAUAGACCUGACAUGACUACUGAGGAGGGCUUAGAUUUACUAAAACUUUGUGUAAAAGAGCUUGAAAAAAGAAUGCCAAUGGAUUUCAAGGGCGUCAUUGUUAAAGUUGUGGAUAAAGAUGGCAUAAGACAAGUGGAUGAUUUCCAGACACAGUGA